AUGAGUAAUGGGUUCUUUAUCGGCAAAGUCCAUGGCGGGGAUACAGUCUACGAGGACUUCUCUUCUGAGAUCACCAUCACAGAAAUGAAGCAAGGCGACGAAGUAUACGUCCAACACCAUGAGGAGAAUGUCGAUAACAUCCAGGUCCAUCCAACUGCGUCGCGUACCAGAUGGGAUGCUCGUCAAGUGGGCUGGCUUCAUAGCCUCUUCUACGUCGGCAUUGUUGUCAACAGAAUACCGACCGCCUUUGGCUGUGGUAGGUGCAUCCUGGUAUCGGCGCUUUUCAAUCUUCUACUUCCGGUGUGCAUCGAGAACGACCAGUACACGCUCACGUGCAUCAUACGCACGUGCCAGGGACUGGCAGAGGUGAACGGUCGCGACGCUGGGGCUCUUAUCGGCUUUUUGAUCGCAGGCGUCAUCAUGCACUACCUUUAUUGGCAGUACAUUUUCUACGUGUUCGGUGGACUGUGCAUCAAGUGGUGGUUGCUAUUGGCUUUUCUCGGUUAUGAGAAACCCUUCAACCACGCCCACAUCAGCGACGUGGAGUCUGAAUUCAUGACGCAUGCCCAGGGUUUCGGACUUGUAUGCGUGGGUUUCCUGGUACUGACCACUCUGUCCGGCGGCUUAGCUGUUUUCAUAGGCCUCGGUAUGUCUAUCGGCGCGUUUGGUCUAGCCGGUUCAGGUUUGUCAGUGAAUCACUACGACCUCUCAAUCCGCUAUGCCAGCGUCCUUGCUGCGGUUCCCUUGACCUAUGGAUCCAUCGGAGCCAUCCUUUUGCCCAUAGCAACCGGCUACCUGACCGUUAAACAGGUAAUAUAA